GCAACGGCGGCGCUGCUGCUCGUCCUCGGUCUCGCGGCCCUGCAGCCUCGUCUCGCCGGGCUCCGCCUCGCUUCGCGCUUGCGCGCACCGCCCCGGCCGCCUCCGCCCCUCCUCCUCCUUCCUGCAUGCGUGGGCCCGGCGGGGGGCGGGGUUUCCGGGAGCGCGGGCGCCGUCGGGCCUGACGCGGCGGCGGCGAGGAUGAGGAUGGCGGCGCUGAGGGGGCGCCGGUAGCGACGGCGGAGCCAGGUCACCAGUCCACCCGCAGCUCAGUGGGCAGAAUCUAGUCCCUGUGAGCUCAACACGGCCACGUCAACAUGAAUGAGGUGUCGGUCGUCAAGGAGGGCUGGUUGCACAAGAGAGGGGAAUACAUCAAAACAUGGAGGCCCAGGUACUUCCUCCUGAAAAGUGAUGGGUCUUUCAUUGGGUACAAGGAGAAGCCGGAGACGUCAGACCACAGCCUGCCCCCUUUGAAUGACUUUUCUGUGGCAGAAUGCCAGCUGAUGAAAGUUGAGCGGCCCCGCCCCAACACCUUCAUCAUCCGCUGCUUGCAGUGGACAACUGUCAUCGAAAGGACGUUCCACGUCGACUCCCCUGACGAGCGGGAGGAGUGGAUCCGAGCCAUCCAGAUGGUCGCCAACAGCUUGAAGAACCAGGAGCCGGAAGAGGACAGGAUGGACUACAAGUGUGGCUCUCCCAGCGACAGCACAGGCGCUGAGGAGAUGGAGGUGGCUGUGACCAAGACCCGGGCCAAGGCGACCAUGAAUGACUUUGACUACCUGAAGCUCCUUGGGAAGGGGACUUUUGGGAAGGUCAUCCUUGUGCGGGAAAAGGCCACGGGACGCUACUAUGCCAUGAAGAUCCUGCGCAAGGAAGUCAUCAUUGCCAAGGACGAGGUGGCCCACACCGUCACAGAGAGCAGAGUCCUGCAGAACACAAGGCAUCCCUUCCUCACGGCGCUGAAGUACGCCUUCCAGACCAACGACCGCCUCUGCUUCGUCAUGGAGUAUGCCAACGGAGGGGAGCUGUUUUUCCACCUUUCGAGGGAGCGAGUCUUCACCGAGGACCGUGCUCGUUUCUACGGGGCUGAAAUUGUUUCCGCUUUGGAGUACCUGCACUCCCGGGACGUCGUCUAUCGUGACAUCAAGCUGGAGAACCUGAUGCUGGACAAGGACGGGCACAUAAAGAUCACGGACUUUGGGCUGUGCAAGGAGGGCAUCAGUGACGGCGCCACCAUGAAGACCUUCUGCGGGACGCCGGAGUACUUGGCCCCUGAGGUGCUGGAGGAUAAUGACUACGGGCGUGCCGUGGACUGGUGGGGACUGGGUGUGGUCAUGUACGAGAUGGUGUGUGGGCGCCUGCCAUUCUACAACCAAGACCACGAGCGCCUCUUUGAGCUCAUCCUCAUGGAGGAGAUCCGCUUCCCUCGCACGCUUAGCCCCGAGGCCAAGGCCCUGCUGGGCGGGCUGCUCAAGAAGGACCCCAAGCAGAGGUUGGGGGGCGGCCCCAACGACGCCCGGGAGGUGAUGGAGCACCGCUUCUUUGCCGCCAUCAACUGGCAGGACGUGGUUCAGAAAAUGCUCAUCCCGCCCUUCAAGCCCCAGGUGACGUCUGAGAUUGACACCCGGUACUUUGAUGACGAGUUCACAGCGCAGUCCAUCACCAUCACCCCUCCUGACCGAUAUGACACCUUGGACUCACUAGAGGCCGACCAGCGGACCCACUUCCCCCAGUUCUCCUACUCGGCCAGCAUCCGGGAAUAGGGGGACAGCGGCCCUCCCCCUACGGUGCCCCUGCCAGAGCGACGGCAGGGCUUGCAGGACGCCAGGACUCUCUGCAGGGGGAGAGUGCCCCAACCGGGGGAGGGGGGGCAAACCGCCUCCCCCACCAGGCAGCAGCAACAGCAAGGGGGGCCCUGCUCCCCUGCCAGGAAUCCGCUUGGACCACGGGAGCCACCGCUGCCUCUCCCCCCACCUGCUGUCGAGUUUUCAGCGCAGAUGGACUUGGGGGAGGCUUUCCUCGACUUUCAAGGAUCUGCGCCCUGCCCUGACGGGGGAGCUGCUUUCGGAUUUUUGCUUGGAAAGCCCCCUGGGCAGGAGAAAAUGUAUCUCACCCCACCCCACCCUGCCAGGACGUUGGUGAAGCCAGGUGUGGGGGGGGUGUCACUGGAGGAAGAGAUACAGAAGAGCCUGGGGAACUCCCAGAGGGCAAAGUGACCCAGAGCGUGUGCUGCAGAGACAUGUUUUCUCUGAGGGGGAGCUGUACCCCCCCUUUGCCGGAUGGCCAGGAACCCCUCUCCAAACGCUGCGGGGGGAGGCGUGAAUACUGGGCCCAUCAAGCCAGGCUUUGCGCAGUGGAGACAAACUGGGUCACCAACAGUUCCAACUAGUAGUGGGGGUUUUUUUGGGGGGGGAGAUUGGGGGCACACCUGUCUGAGCUUUGGAAAGCAGCUGUGCAGAGUUCCUGGGUGCUCCCCGCUCGCUUCUUCUGGGGCUUCUUGGGAUGUGUUGGGGGGUGCCACUGCGCCUUGGGCAGCCUUCAGGGGAGGGCAAGGUGGGCUCACACCCCUGAUGCCACCCCCUCCCCUUCCACACACACCCCCAGCCUGGUCAUCGUCCUGUGGGGCAAGGAGUGCAUCGUGGUGCCCUCCAUCACUGGAACAUGGCUGGGUGGGGGCAGCCAAAGGAAGCCCAGCCUCCUCAGAGGGACAUGGCGUCCCCGCGGUUUCCCUCCCUGGCCUCCUGGUUGGCGGAGCUUCCCUUGCUGCGCCUCAACGCUGGUGGUGUGGCUUGUGCAGUUGCUGCUACCUCUUUGACUGCGGGUAAAGCGUUGACCUGCCUGGAGCCCUGGAGAGUGAAGGAGGGAUCAGGCCCUGGGCGAUUACUAGCUCCUCCAGCCCCCAGCAAGCCUCUCCCCCGUCUUUCUCAUGGCUGGUCCAGGGGCAGCUUGGCCUUCCACGCUUGUCCUGGCACACCUGUUAGUGCUCUCCCUUCCUCCUUCCCUCCCUCCCAACAGGCUUGUGGGCUAAAGCAGCCCAGCGGUAGCACUGCAGUUUGGGCAUGAGAGCCUGCGGUCCCGGGUGUUUUCUUGUGCGGAGGGAUCUCUCAUCCCCCUCCCCAAGCGGCUUCGUUUGGGGUUACCUGGGCAAGAUCUCUCCAUCUCCCUUCCUUAAGUCUGCUACCUUGUUCUCAGCGGGGCAGAGGUCGGGUGGCAGACGUUUGCCUGCUCCGGCAGUGCCCGCCUGGAGAGCAGAAGCCCAGGCUCCUUUGCCAAGACCACCACUGCCUUGGCCUAGGAGAGGACACCCCCCCCCCCCGUGGGGAUGCAUGGAGUGAUGGGGAUGUUUGCUUCCGGGCAAGGGGAGGUCUUGGUGACCCCUGGGCAAAGGGCCCCUGGACUGGCUGGUGCCUGCGUCUGUGUGCAUCAGGUUGUGCUUCUUCAAGUCGGCUUCUCCCUCGGCUGGGGCAAGGCUUCUCCCUACGCCCCCCCCCCAAGUACCGCAGAAUAUUCAGGGAGGGGAAAGUGGUCAGUGUGAAAGACUGGGUGGCCCCACCUCCCUCACUGAUGCCAAGCCCACUGCACCCCUUACUAUAAUGAGCUUUUUAGGGGGGAUUCUAUACCCCCCCAAAUGUGUUUUCGGUUUUGCAGGAGAUGGGUGAGGCAGUUGCCCCUUACAGCCCCUCCGAGGUGCUUUUGGUUUAUUUGGCUGCCGUAAGGCGGGAAUGUUGAGAACCCUUUGCUUAUCCCUUUCUGGAAAUGCAAGGAACAGAGUGGAGGCAUCCCUGUGCCCGGGGGGGGGGUCGAGAGAGCAGCCCAAAGGGCAUUGUGGGGGGAGAAUCUGCAGAGAAGGGGGCUCAAAAAGAGGGCAGUGUUUCCAGGAGCCAGUCUGGGGCUGGGGGGGCUUGUGAGGGGGGGCCCUGGGAGGCAGGAGCUGAAUGGUCCCUUGCCCCCCCCCCAAUGGCCUGACCUGACCUCUUUUGGUGCAGCAUCUUUUGAAAGAGCUGGGGGACUUUUGGGGAGAAUGAGACUGCUCCCGUUGUGCUUUCGGGGCCACUGUAGACCAAGGCCAACUGGGUUUAGGGGGCUUGGCCGGUUAAGAGGGAGCCUGCCCAGACCGCCAUUGCAAAGCCCCCUCUUGACCUUGCGGCAACCUUGGCAACUUCCCAGCAUCCAGCAAGCGGCUUCCAAAGAGUGCUGUGUUGCCCCUGGGCUCCAUGCAGGUCAAGCUCUCCGGUGGCCGUGCUUAGGCUUGCCCCAGCUGUCCCACAGCAGCUCAGCGCCCUCCAGCCCAGGUGGGCAGCUGCGGAGUCCCAGCCUGGGCAGGGGGAGGUCUCCCAACACAGGUGGGCUGAGCUGCUUUUGCUGUGCCAGGACGGGGGUCCACAAGGAGCAUGCAGCCUGCCGGUUUAUUGCCCACGGUGUUGGGGUGUGGGGGCAGCCCUCACCCUUCCUCUACCACAGCAGAGGUGCCUUUCUGGGGUCAAGCCCCAGUUCUCCGAGCCUUAACCUCUCCCUGCUCCCUUCUUCAACGGGAAACAUUCCUGGGGGGGCUUUUGGCCCAAGGUCCUGGCGAUCUUGGCCGGGACCCCCAUCAUUACCUCAUGCCUGCCGCGGGGGCAAUGUGCAGAGGGGAGGGGGCUGCCUUUCCAUCGGUGGGUGAGGGGGGUCCCAGCCUGCUUCCCACCUCCUCUUGUAUAUGGUUGAAUGUAAACUCAUCUGGCCAUUCCCUCGCGCAAAAGGUGGGUGGCUCUGGGGGAGGGACACCCCCCUGGCAGCACUUCUCAUCCUUUCUACCUGGGCUAAGGCCAGCCACGCCCUCCCCCAAAAUGUGACUUUUGCUGCCUUUAGUUUCUGUGGGCCUGGCGCAGAGGGGAGGGCAGAGCCUCAGCCUGCACUGGGCUCAGCGGCCAUCAGCCUCUCUGAAGAGCCUUGGGGGCCUGGCCCCUUCCCACCCUGGCCCCCCUUUCCAUUCCUCACCUGCAGCGGGUGCAAAUCUUCACCACCCAGCACUGGGAAGGGAACUGGGUCCCCCUGCUGGGUUGACAGGCAGCAGGCUGCCUGAGCUCACAACUGUGGGGGGGGGGUGGGCGUCUGUGGGCCCCUGCAGUGGCUCCCCAGGGGGCCCCUGCCCUGCUGCUGUGCCCUCCCUGCCUUGGGAAGCCCAGCUUGCUGGCGCCACGUGGGCACAAGCUGGAAGAGGCUUGGCGCUCUGAAUCGUUGGGCGGGGGGGGUGGCGGCGGCAAUGGUAAUGCCUCCCCACAAGCAUGGAGGGGGGUUGGGUGGGGGGCUGCUGAGCCCUUCUGCCCCCUUUGGCCUCCUCUGCGCCACCCCCCCCCCUCCACUCGGCCUUUCAUUUCAAUGCAGGCCUUUGACACUCUUCUGACUCCAAAGCGCCGGCAGCCUUAGAAACCUCCAUUUAGGUGCUUAAAGGUUUUAUAUGACUUCAGAAGCUUUUCCCACUCGAGGAAACCAUAUUUGGAUUGCGACUACAACCUUACAGGACUUUUCCGAUCCCAUGCGAUGUAUGUUCUACAGAAUUCAGGGGGGUCCUGGAUAUUUGGGGGGGGGGGCGUUACACACACACUCUUUGACGAGGGGGGUUAAUAAAGGGGUUUUUUCCACUUAGUUUCCGUAGUUGUGAUAGUUGAGGUUUAUUAACUUAAUACUGACCCUCUUCAGCGGCUUUAGUUGGGACCUCCUCCCUUCCGCUGCUGUGCUGUGGUUUUCUCUGCGAUUUCUCUCUCCAGCGCUGGAAGGCGACUGUGAUGGCACUUCUCUUCGCCCGGAGGGGAGGGGGGGCAGGCUCUGGCUCCCCACCCACCCACCCCGAGCUCACCCAUUCAGUUUGUAAAAUAAGUUCCGCUUGAGAGGCAAGUCCUCCCGAGCAUCUUUUGUGGGGAAGCGUGGCUGAGGCGUGCCAGGCGAGAGGGGCCUUCCCUGGGCGUCUCCGCGGGGCCUCCCUGCUUCUCUCCUUCCCUCUGCUGCCCUUGGAUUUGUACGGUACGAGCAAUAAAAGGUUUUGUUUUUCUUUC